AUGCCCGAAUCCAACCGACGCUACACAUUUCUCAUCGACACAAAUCUCGACCUCACGUCGACUACGCCCGGAUGGCCAGAGACAUUCGCCCGUCUUCGUAUCGACGCAGAAGAUACUACCGACCUGAAGUACAUGGAUGCACAGCUGGAGAAACAGGUUCCAGACUUCGCAUUCAUGCCCUCUGGAGAUUAUCACCGUCUGCAAAGAGCUGGCAAAUGUGCGUAUAGAGGACUGGCAAUCCCCACGUCAAAGGUCACCCGCCAGGCUGCGGUCCCUAGUGUCCUGGUCGUCAAACCUGAUGACCCAGCACAGAGCUUGAUGGACCUUUCGGGGAGCCACAUUUGGAUACAUCAACGAGUCUUGCACGUCUUGCUACUUCGCCGCAGGGGUAAUGCUCGCCCAACAAAACGAAGACCUGCACGCAUUUCUUCGUCCACAGAGGACGCCACCUUGGCAAGGCCAGAUUGA